AUUCUCCAGAAUGUACUGCUCGAUGUUUUCUGAACAACCGGAGUGUGUGGAAUGAGCGCAGUGGGUCUGUCAAUGUAAUAGACAUGCCCAUGAGUUUACCGGAGGGAUGAAUUUUAUUUAAAACAAACCUAAUUAUUGAUGCAACAUACCAGACCCUGGCUCAAUCUCACAGCGCCUGUUUGAAAAGGCUACGCCUCCCAUUUCAGUAGCCUACUUGUUCCCAACCUGAGGAAAGACGCAUUUUAGCAAUGAGGACUGUCUGGGCUCGAGUAGUUGGCCUUGGGUCGGUGGCGCUCGGUUCGUUGUUCUGGUCCCAGAACAAGCCCGAAGCCACUUCAGAGUGCCAAGCUAAGAAUGUGGACCCCUCGCAGUUGGAGCUCAAACUAGUCCAAGUCCUGUUCCGACAUGGCGCCAGAACACCGCUGAAAUCUAUCCCUGACGUUUUAGAGGUGCAAUGGAUGCCUAACUUGCUGGAUGUUCCCCCUCACACCCGAAUCAACUACGUGGUGACAGACCUUCAAGGAGGACCAAGACCUCCAGCACCUGUGGAGGACAGCUACAGAGCCAAUACACUGAGCGGUGGAACUUACCCGGGUCAGCUGACCACAAUUGGCAUGCAGCAACUGUAUGAGCUGGGCAAAAGGCUGAGGAUGAGAUAUAUACAGGAAGUGCCCUUCCUAACCCCCACCUUCAGUCCUGCCGAAGUCUAUGUGCGCUCCACCAACAUUGUUCGGACCAUUGAGUCAGCCAAGUGCUUGGUGGCAGGUCUGUUCCAACAGAAGCAGGCAGAUAUUGUUCCAAUAUUAACGACGGAGGCGGAGCAGGAGAUCCUGUACCCAAACUACCAUGGCUGCAAGCUGCUGAGACUGCUGAGCGGUCACCGCUGGGCAGAAUCGUCCACACUGCCAGCCAUCGCAGACGACCUGCGCAAAAUCCAAAGUGAGCUUGGAAUCCCCUCCCAUCAACAGGUUGACUUCAUCCUCAUCAGAGAUGACAUGGUGGCUCGUGAGACACAUGGCCUGGCCUGCCCAUCUGAGUUGGCCAGUUGGAAGACUAUAGUAGAGCGCAGAGCCGUAGACAUGAUCUACCACAUCUAUGAACCAAGCAAGAGGGAGAACCUGCAGCUCUGCGUGGGACCACUGCUGGACACUGUGUUGACCAAAAUGGACGAGAAAGCCAAGGGUAUAUCCCCUGAGCCCAACAGGAAGCUUUUCCUGUAUUCUGUUCAUGACACCACGCUGAUGCCAUGUCUGAUGGCCCUCGGAAUCUUUGACAUGAAAUGGCCGCCUUACGCUGCCGACAUCACCCUGGAGCUGCUUGAACAUCGCACCACCAAAGAGUCCUUCGUCAAGGUGUCCUACCUGGGCCAGGACCAGCGGAUCCCAGGCUGCAGUGGGGUGAUCUGCCCACUGUCCGAGUUCCAGCAGGCCUUGGCCGCUUACACGCUGCCCCUCGAUCGCUACAAGCAGCUCUGCGACAAUACGGAGCGGGUACCCUCUCAAUCCUGAUCACCACAUCGCUCCCUCUCUCUCUGCUGUCCUUUGUCUCGAUCCUCAGUUCUUUAUCAGGGUUUACUUUACACACUUUAGUUUCUUUUGUUUUUUUUUACCUGAAAAGCACUCUCUCUUUGAGAUCCAACUUCGUCUUAACAUUAUGCAUUGAUAUUAUCCCCCCUCUCAUCCUCCUUUACUUUGUUAUACAUGUGACCAGUACAGGCUUCAUCCAGUUUUGGACCAAAACAAAAAGCACUAUUUUGGCCAUUUCUGGACAGUCACUUGGAUCGGCGUGGCCAAAAUGCACCCCCUACCGCCAUCUGCUAACACUGUGGCAUUAAGGAGUCUCACUAACUCAAUUAGCUUCUGAAUCUGGAAGAAGAAAAGCAGUCGAUCAUGCAUAUCCAUCUCAAACUGCUCUUUCUGUUUGCAUAAUGUAUAGAACACAAAUCAUGACGUGCAACUCAUUCUACCCACUAGAGGCAACUGAAGCACCAAUGCCACGCACAUGCUUAUACACUGGUCCAUUUGGGCUUGGCAUUCAUAUUAAGACUUAAUCCACUGCAAUACUCUUGAAUGUUCCACUGCACUAGAGUUGACAGGGUGAGUCACAGAAACUGCCGCAGCAGCCAGUAGCAAUAGUACACCAGUACACAUUUAAUGGUGAUUUCCACUCCAGUGAUGAAGGAUAAAUAUCCUUAAAAACGUAUGCAGUAUGCAGCUGAAUGGACUACCUAACUUACCUCAGCACUUGUGAACCACUGCUUUUGUUAAAAGUAAGUCUUUGGUGGAGCUUUUACAUAUUUACUUAUUGAAUACAGGCAAAACUGAAAUGCCAUGUAGUGUAGCAUUUCAGUCAACAAAAAAAAAAUGGUUUGGCUUUCGUUACUUUCCAUUUUCGACCAUCAUACUACAGGCAUUUUCCUGGAAUGUGUGUGCCGUUUGUUUUUUUGUCUGCUAAAGACAGUGUGAGCUAUUGCAAACAAGCAUGAUUUACAAAUAAGUCCCUUUUCAUAGGGAGUAUUUUACUUGAGUUAUUGUAUGAGUGUGAAAUAUAUAUGUUUGUGAUGACAUGGUUGCCUUCAUUUUAGAUAGCAUGUGAACCCACAUUAUCUUUAAGAGUGUAUGUUUGUCUCCUUAGGAGAUAGUUUUUGAGUUUGAAUCAUCAGUUAUGCAACGGACAAAUAAACCAACAAAAACUUA